AUGGUGAACUAUGCCACUCCCCAAUUAGGUUGUCGGCAGCAGUUAGAGACAUGCCCGGUCGACCACCCAAACACAAUCAUCAAUUCCGGCUGCCUCCUCUACAAAGAAGGCAAUCACGAAGAGGCGCGGCAGAAAUUCAGCGAAGCCAUUGCCAUACUUGGAUAUCAGGCUGACUUGGCCUACAACUGCGCCCUGUGUUACUACCGCAGCAAGCAGUUUGGCCCGGCGCUCAAGCACCUGGCAGAAAUCAUUGAGCGCGGGGUCCGGGAGCAUCCAGAACUUAGCGUCGGAAGUGCGACGAACGGCGUGGAGGUCCGCAGUGUGGGCAACAGCCAGACACUCAAGAACACGGCGCUGGUGGAGGCGUUCAAUUUGAAGGCGGCGAUCGAGUACACGAUGAAGAACCACGAGGCGGCGCGGGAGGCGCUCACCGACAUGCCGCCGAGAUCGGAGGAGGAGCUGGACCCGGUGACCCUGCACAACAGCGCGAUAAUCAACAUGGAUGAGGAUCCCGAGGGAGGAUUCAAAAAGUUGAAUUUCCUGCUUCAAAGCCCACCAUUCCCGCCGGAUACCUUUGGGAGCCUGCUCCUCCUCUACUGCAAGCCUCAACAUGGGUUCUAUGACCUGGCUGCUGACGUGAUGGCGGAAAACGAGCACCUGGUGGCCAAGCAUCUUCACCCGGAGCUGUAUGCCUACCUGGAGGCCGUCAUCAUGAAGCAAACGUCGCCCGAAGAGGCGCUGAGGCGUUUGGACCAGCUCGCUGGCCUCCACGUGGAGACUCUGCGCCGGUUGACUAAGGACAUCCAGGACGCGCGUAUCGCCAGAGACAACGAAGGCAUCAAGAAGGCGAUCAGCGAAUACGACGAAGUCCUUGAAGCCUACGUGCCCGUACUGACGUCGACAGCGCAUGUCUAUUGGGAACGCGAGCAUUACUCGCGAGUGGAGGCCAUCUUCCGCCAAUCCGCGGAGUUCUGCCACGAGCACCCCACGUGGAAACUCAACGUUGCGCACACCUUUUUCAUGCAGGACAACAAAUUCAAAGAGGCUACCAGGUACUACGAGCCUAUCGUGAAGAAAAAUGGGGACAAUCUUUUGGGUGUCACCGCCAUCGUGCUGGCCAACCUGUGCGUUUCCUACAUCAUGACCAGUCAGAAUGAGGAGGCCGAAGAGCUGAUGCGUAAGAUCGAGAAGGAGGAGGAACACGCGCUGUACCAAAACCCUGACAGCCAGCCCUUCCACCUCUGCAUCAUUAACUUAGUCAUCGGCACCCUCUACUGCUCCAAGGGCAACUUCGAGUUCGGCAUCUCCCGCAUCAUAAAGUCCCUGGAGCCCUACGACAAGAAGAUCGAGACAGACACCUGGUUCUACGCCAAGCGCUGCUUCCUGGCCCUCAUCGAGAACCUUGCCAAGCACAUGGUGGUGCUGAAAGACGCAUCUUUUGUGGAGAUCAUGGAUUUCUUGGGGGAGGCGGAGAAGCACGGGCGGGACAUCGCCACGUCUUUCUCCAUGGGCGGCGGGGAGGGCGUCGGCGAGGGGGGCACGGUGGCGGCCGAGGCGCGGCUGCUCAAGAAGACCUUCAUCAAGCUGAGGGACUGA